AUGGCCUCGACCUCGCGCCUCGCCGCACUGCGCACCCAGCUCGACAAGCACAACCUCCAGGCCUACAUCGUUGACUCGUCAGACGCCCACUCGAACGAGUACAACGCCCCGCUCGACGACCGUCGCGCCUGGCUCUCUGCCUUCACCGGCAGCGCCGGCACCGCCAUCGUCCUCCUCGACCAGGCCCUCCUCUGGACAGACGGCCGCUACCACCAGCAAGCCGCUCAACAACUGUCGCCCGACUGGACCCUCAUGAAGCACGGCGUCCCCUCGGUCCCCUCGUGGACAGAGUGGCUCACGACCCCGGCCCACUCGUCGUCGGCCCUCCCUCGCGGCGCCCGCAUCGGCCUCGACCCGGCCCUCAUCGCUGUCGCCGACUACACGGCCCUCGCCCCGGCCCUCGCGACCGCCGGCGUCGAGCUCGUCCCCGUGCGCAACAACCUCGUCGACAUCGUGUGGGACGCCGAGGCGCGCGACGCGAGCGCCGGCGAGCACGGCAAGCCGAAGCGCCCAAAGGAGGACGUCUUUGUCCUCGCCGACGAGCACGCCGGCGAGGGCGCGAGGAGCAAGAUCGAGCGCGUCCGCAAGGAGCUCGACAAGCAGGACGUCUUUGGCGGCGACGCCAAGGCCAAGUCGGGCGACAAGCGCUGCUGGGGCCUCGUCGUGACCCAGCUCGACGAGAUCGCCUGGCUUCUAAACCUGCGCGGCUCCGACAUCCCGUACAACCCCGUCUUCUUCGCCUACCUCGUCCUCCCGACCGCGACCGCGUCGCGCCCGACCCUCUUCAUCGACCUCGACCAGGUCCCGCAGGCCACCUACGACUACCUCACCCAGCUCGACGUCCUCAUCGAGCCGUACGACGACUUUGUCGCCUUCCUCGAGGGCGUCAGCAAGGUCCUCUCGGAGCAGGACCUCGUCGUCCUCCCCUCGCGCACCAACCUCGCUUCCGCCCUCGCCCUCACCCUCGCGCGCUGCGUCACGUCGACUCGCGGGCCCAUCUCGUCGCUCAAGGCCGUCAAGAACCCGACCGAGGUGCAAGGGUUCCGCGACUGCCACGUGCGCGACGGCGUCGCCCUCGUGCGGUACUUUGCCUGGCUCGAGAACGAGCUCGCGCGAGGAGCGGGCGAGCUGAGGGAGUACGAGGCGGCGACCAAGCUCGAGCAGUUCCGCAGCGAGUUGCCCCAUUUCCGCGGCCUGUCGUUCUCCACCAUUUCGUCGACCGGCGCCAAUGCUUCCGUGAUCCACUACUCGCCACCGUCGGACGGUAGAAGCGCCGUCAUCGACCCGACCAAGAUCUACCUGUGCGACUCGGGCGCCCAGUUCACCGACGGCACGACCGAUGUCACCCGCACGCUCCACUUUGGCGAGCCGACGGCGUUUGAGAAGCGCGCCUACACGCGCGUCCUCCAGGGCCACAUCGCGAUCGACGCCGCCGUCUUCCCCGAUACGACGACGGGCUACAUGCUCGACCCAUGGGCGCGCAAGGCGCUGUGGCAGGAUGGCCUCGACUACCGCCACGGGACCGGUCACGGCGUCGGGCACUUCCUCAACGUGCACGAGGGCCCGAUGGGCAUCGGGACGCGCGUCGCGUACAACGACGUCAAGCUCGAGCCGCACCAGAUCCUGUCGAACGAGCCGGGCUACUACCACGACGGCGCGUUCGGCAUCCGGAUCGAGAACCUCGUGUGCGUCGUCCCGGCCAAGACGGAGCACUCGUUCGGCGGCGUCAAGUACCUUGCCAUGGAGCACCUCACUAUGUGCCCGAUCGCGACCAACCUCGUCGAGCCGUCGCUCCUCGAGAUGCGCGAGCUCGAGUGGCUCAACUCGUACAACGCCGAGGUCCUCGCAAAGGUCGGGCCGCUCGUCCGCGAUGCCGGCGACCAACUCGCGCUCGAGUGGCUCGAGAGGCAGUGCAAGCCGGUGCGAGCCGUGUGAAGCGGCGCUCUCUCGCCGAAAGUGCAACGAGGACUUGGCCCCC